GGAAUCACUAUACGAACACAAAAAGGAGUGGAUCCUAUGGACAAGAAAAAGAGUCGUACCGAUCUACUCGAUGCUGGACGCCAAAAGCUUCAACAAUUCCGUCAAAAGAAGGGUAAUAGAGGCUCUGAUCAGAAAAAGGACAACAAAGGCAGUACAAGCCAAGGAAAAUCUUCUAAAAGGUCCAGUAAGCCUGAGCAGCAUGAGCCUAAACCUGACACGAGUGCUGUCAUAACCAAGUCGUCCAUUCCUUCGCAUGUGACAGGAGGAGGCACUGCCCCUCAUGAGGAGGUCGUGGUAUGCUCAGAAGCUUACGAAAGUGCAUUGGCUCAUGAGAUUGAUGUAUCAGUCCAUAGUUCAUCAUCAGAACUUGUUAUGCCUCAGCAAGGCAGCACAGAAACAACUACUGAUGAUAAAGCUGAGCUAAGAGAACGAGAAACAGUUUCUGAAAAUGAUGUUGAUUUAUCAUUACCCAAUGAAGGAGAGAACUCAGAGAGUACUGGCAUUGGGACAGUCAGCAGAAUGACUUCAUCAAAUUCUGAGCCCAUGGACUCUGAAAAGGGAAUUAGACAUGUCGAUGCAGCUUGUGAUGUUGAUGUUUUGGGCUCACCUACUGCUGGCAUCUUUGUGGAGGAGGGAGGAGUUGAAGUUGAAAGCAAGCCUGUAAACGAGGAAAUGCCGCAGCAUCUGUCUUCAUUGCAUGAAGAUAUUCCUGAUAUUCCCCUGAUUGCUUCAAGGGGAGAUCAGGUAACUGAUGUAGGGGAAAUGCAGGAAGAUCAUGGUUCACAUGUGGCGCAGCUUGGUGAAGGCUUGCACAAGGACAAUAUGGAAAAGUCUGCAACUGAAAAAGGGGAAGCCAGCAAUACAGCGAAUGCACCUUCGUCUUCUUCCUUCUCUGGCAUUUCAGAAGGAUCUUCAGUUUCAUUUGCUUCACAUGAGGUUGAAGGCCUAAACAUCAAAACUAAGAGCCAACAUAGCAAAGAAGUUACAGAUAUGCAUGAAAAAAAAUCAGAGACAUCUCUAGGCCCUGGAAUUUUGGGUAAUAACAGAAACGAAGUACUUCCAGCUGUGACAGAGGAAUGUGCUGUUGCAGAUGUGUCUAGAGAGCUGCAAAUUCCUGAGAGCAUGGAUGUUUCUGGAAUUGCAAGUAAUGAAGAACCUUGCAAAAUGGAUUCUUUGAAUCCAUCAGCAGCAGUUGCUGCCUCUCAUGUUGAUGAAAAUCGCUCAGUCAGCUUCUUGCAGCUCAUUGACCUUGUACGGGGACUUAGCCAAGAUGAGUAUGAAGUUUUGUGUAAGUCAAGAGAGAUGACUUCCAAUAUUGAGCUGGAAGCAAGUUUGUUAGAGAGAGUGAAAGAAGAAUUAUUUGUUGCAAGUUCCUUGAAAGAUAUACUUCAUGUGCAACUUGAAGAACAGUCUAAUCUACAGAAUGAGUUUGAUCUGCAACAAUACCAGCUGCUUUCUGAAAUAUCACAUCUUCGCGCUUCAUUUUCCUCACUCAAAGAGAAUAAUGAUAGUCUUACAGAGGAACUAUCAGAUUGCAGGUCUAAACUCUAUAGUGUUACGAGCUCAAAUGAGAGGCUUCAGAAUCAACUUCUUGCUACUGAAAUACAGGUGGAGGACUUCACUACUAAGAUAAAUCAGUUACAACUUAAUCUGGAACAAUAUCAGUUGGAUUUGUCAGAGGCAAAGGAUCGAUUGAUCAAUCUCCAAGUGGAAAAUGAGACUUUGGUUGCUACUAUUUCUUCAGCGAAUGAUGACAAAAAGAAACUGUUUGAAGAAAAAGAGUCCAAGAACUGUGAGAUCGAGCAACUGUCAUCUGAGUUGGGCAUCUGUAAGAACUUGGUGGCCAGUCUACAAGCAGAAAUUGACAAAUUGGACAAAACUAUUGGUCCAUUGACAUGUGAGAAAACAAUGCUUGUUGAGGAGAAACAUAAUUUAUUGGGUGCAGCAGAGAAUCUAGAGGCAGAGUUGGCUAAUUGCAAGACUUUGUUGAAAAUGCAAGAGGUUGAAUCUUCUAAGACAGAGGGAACACUUUCUUUGAUGAGAGCUAAGGAAAUGAAGCUUGAAGAGGAUAACUUACAUCUUUCUGAAGAAAUUGAGAAGGUUCACCUAGAAUUUUCAGCACAUGAGAUUUUGGAGACUGCUUUAUGGUCUGAGUAUUCCAACAUAAAGGAAGGGUGUUCUCUCUUGAAGAAUGAAAUGCAGAAGUUUAAAGACGAGAAGGAACAAUUGGUUGAGGAGAAUGAUAGGCUUUCAGGUGAGCUUCUUACGCUUCAGGAGCAUCUGUCAGCUGAACAAAUUGCACGGACACGUCUAGCAGUUGAAUUGGGAGAAGUAAAGGUGUGUCUGGACAAAGUUUCUGAAGAAAAUGCAUUUCUAAGUAGUAGCCUCAAGGAGCACAAAGUUGACGUGAGAGACAUAGAUAACAGGGAUGCUUCUGGAUUGAUCAAUUAUGAAAUGCCCGAUAAACUUGCUGGAAUUUCAGGAGUUCAGGCCACUGGUCAAAGAGGUGUAACUUCUUCUGAACGUACUUGCGAAAGUCUUGAGGCACAGCAUGUUAAUGUUGAAGAGUUAGUUGAUUCUUCUUCGGAGUUUUCUACCUUGAAUGAGAACUUGAAGAAAGCGGAAAAUAUAUUGCAGAACCUUGAAGAGGCAAUUAAACGGAUUCAUGCUGAUUCCUCAUUCUUAAAUAAAUCGAGUAGUAAGGUUGUGGCACCAGGAGUAUCAAAACUGAUUCAGGCCUUUGAGUCAAGGCUGCCACAAGAAGAACAAGAUUUGGAAGAAACAUCGUUGGCCAGUGAGCAAUCAGAGACAGAUCCAUUUGUUUUUGUGAAAGGGCAGAUCAGAAAUUUGAGAACCAUUGUUGAGCGGUUAACAUCAGAUGCUAGGAAUGUUUACAUCAAAUUCAAGGAAGGGCACACCGACAGGAUUUCUGCAAAUGAAAAACUCAGAGAGUUUGAAGUUAAUUUUGAUCUUCUCCAGGAGCAUAUUAACUUUCUGGAGGUAGAUACUAUUGGGAAUAAGAUUUCGUUUGAAGCUCUUAAACAAUAUUCAUAUGAGCUGCAGGCAAAGAAUCAUAAACUUAGAUUUCUUUCUGAAUCACUAAAGCAGCGAAAUGAUGAGUUCAGUGUGGAGAACACGGAGCUUAAUAGGAAGCUAACUUCUUGCUUAUCAAGAAUCCAUGGGCUUGAAAGUCAGUUGGAAAAUUUACAGCAAAAUCUAAGCUGUAUGUCUUCUUCUAUACAAGAGCAAUUAGCGGGUUUGCAGGAGGAAUCUGAGAGGGCAAUGAAGCUAGAACAUGAAUUGGCAUCAUCAAUUUCAGAAAUUGAUGAAACAGUUGGCAGGCUUGAUGAUCAUCUAGUCAGAUUUUAUCCAUUCUCUGGAGCUCAUAUUGGCCUGGAUGUGAACAAGCAUGUAGCCAGUUCCGUAAAGGUGGUUGUAAAGGUAAUCGAUGACCUUGAGAAUAAAUUACAAGCUGCUUGUACAAAUCACGAGUCCUCCUCAAAAUCAUACGAAGAAUUGAAGGAGAGUUUCAACAGUUUGGUUGAGAAGCAUGAGUUUGCUUCUGUUACACUGCAUAACGUUUAUGUUGGUCUCAAGAAACUUGUAAUUGAAUCAUGUGGGUCUGCGGAGAUGCCUGAUCAUAAAACACAAAAUCUAGUGAUGUCUGAUCCUUUCAACUAUGGUAGUUUUGAGGUACUCUUGGAACUUGUGCAGAAUUCUCUUUCUGAGAGGCUGGAACUUCAGUCGUUAGUCGAUAAACUGCACUUUGAAUUGUCGAGUAAAAGGAAAGAUAUUGAGGAACUGACACGGAAAUGCCUUGAUUCCGGUUCACUGCGAGAGUUAGUCGAGAAUGUUCAGGGUAUUGUCAAACUUGAAUCCGUUGACAUUAGCUUUGAUGAAUCCCCUGGCUCAUUUGUGGAAUUUCUGGUUUCCCAUCUUGUUCAGAAGUUUAGAAAGACCGAGGAGCUGGCUAAUCUCAUCAGAGAACAACUUGAGGCCAAGGAUAUGGAGCUGAUGGAGUUUCAGGAGAACUUACUGCACCAUAAAACUGAAAUCGGUGAUCUCAGGGAAAGUUUAAGUCGGGCAGAGGAGUCCCUUUUGGCUGUAAGAUCUGAGUUACAGGAGAAAUCAAAUGAACUUGAACAGUCGGAGCAGCGGUUAUUAUCCACUAGAGAGAAGCUCAGCAUAGCUGUUGCAAAAGGCAAAGGUUUGGUUGUUCAGCGGGACAACCUCAAGCAGUCGUUGGCAGGAACAUCUGCUGAUCUGGAGAGGUGCUCAGAGGAAUUAAAACUGAAGGAAGCAAGGCUUCUGGAAGUAGAAGCAAAACUUAAGACCUAUGCGGAAGCGGGUGAACGUGUGGAAGCUUUGGAAUCUGAGCUUUCAUACAUCCGAAACUCAGCUACGGCACUGCGAGAAUCUUUCCUUUUAAAAGACUCUCUGCUCCAUAGAAUCGAAGAAAUUUUAGAGGAUCUGGAUCUACCAGAGCAUUUUCAUGCUCGGGAUAUACUUGAAAAGGUAGAGUGGCUAGCAAGGUCAGCUAGUGGUAACUCUGUGCCUCCCUCUGACUGGGAUCAAAAGAGCUCUGAUGGGGCUGCGGGAUUUGUUAUGACGGAACCCUGGCGAGAGGAUGGACAACCCAGCUCAAAUUCUGGGGAUGAUUUAAGGAUCAAGUUUGAGGAGCUCCAGGGCAAGUUUUAUGGGUUGGCUGAACAGAAUGAAAUGCUGGAGCAUUCCUUGAUGCAAAGAAAUAAUUUGGUUCAGAGAUGGGAAGAACUCUUAGGGAAAAUUGACAUGCCUUCACAGCUGCAGUCUUUGGAAGUGGAAGACAAGAUUGAGUGGCUUGCGAGUAAAAUAUCAGACGCUAUUCAUGACAGAGAUACUCUCCAACAGAAGAUUGACAAUCUUGAAAACUAUUGCCGAUCGCUGAGUGAUGAUUUGGAAGUUUCACAAAAGCAUGUAUUUGAUGUCGAGGCAAAUCUUCACACAGUUAUUAAAGAGAGGGAAAAUCUUUCUGAAAGACUGGAAAAUCUGAGCUAUGAUCAUGAGAAAGUUUCUGGGAGGGCCACUCAGCUUGAUGUUGAGAACGAGAACCUACAAAGUAAAGUAAAAGAUUUGCAUGAAGAAUUGGUUGAGAAGCUUGAGACUGAAGAACAUCUUCAUACUAUUGAACAUGAGAUGAUAAGAUUGAGGGACUUGAUUAAUGAGGCUAUGCAGGAAGGUGGCUUGCAAGAUUGGUCGCUGGGGCAUGAUUCUGAGACCUUGGAGGAACUGCUGAGAAAGCUGAUAGAAUAUUACAAGACUUUGGUGAAACCUAUUGGAGCACACGAAACAGUUGAAAACUCCUCAGAAGCACGUACAACAAAUCCCAAUGAUAUUGUAAGUGCAAACCCGUCGGUUACAGAUGCAUCUCACCUGAUCGAAGUGACUGACGUGACAAGCAGGGAUAUAGCAGUAGUAGAGACACCUGAUGUAGCUUCUCUAAAGAAAGAUUUGGAGGAAACACUAGGUAUGCUGGAGCUGACAAGGGAAGAAAAGGAUUCAUAUAUGCAAAAGCAACAAUCUCUGAUCGCUGAGAACGAGGCACUUAAUAAAAAAAUGGCAGAGUUGCAAGCUUUGCAUAGUCAAGAAGAGCAAAGGUCAGCUUCUGUUAGAGAGAAAUUGAAUGUUGCUGUCAGGAAAGGCAAAUCCUUGGUACAACAAAGGGAUAGUCUGAAGCAGACUAUAGAGGAGAUGAGCACUGACCUAGGCCACCUGAAAUCAGAUCUUAAAAGCCGAGACGACAUGCUUGCGGAACAUGAAAAGAAAAUUAGGGAAUUGGCAUCCUACACUGGGAGUGUAGAUGCAUUGGAUUCUGAAUGCCAACGGUUGAAAAAUCAUCUGAAAGAAACAGAAAAUCUUUUGAACGAGAAGAGCAGCGUGUUAAGCACAAUUUUAAGUGUUUUAAAUAGCAUCGAUAUCGGUGAUGAAAGUGAAAACAAUGAUCCAGUUAUGAAGCUUCAAAAGAUCUCACAACUAUUUCAAGAUAUGCAUACAGCUAUGUCUUCCGCAGAGCAGGAAUCCAGAAAAUCUAGAAGAGCAGCUGAGUUGCUGCUUGCUGAGUUGAACGAGGUUCAAGAGAGAAACGACAAUCUGCAAGAGGAGCUAUCAAAAUGUUCGUAUGAGCUCGAGCAACUUUCCAUACAGAAAGAUGCAGCUGAGGGUGCCAAAAUUGAAGCUUUAUCUCGCCUGGAACAAUUAUCUGUGAUGCACAAUGAGGAAAGGAGGAAACAAUAUUCUCAACUGCUGUUCUUUGGAACUAGUUUGAACAAUCUGAGGGAUAUGUUCAGCAGUAUCAAUGCUUGCCUAGCCGAUAUUUUCACCAAGGAUAUGGAGUUUCUGCAUCAUCUGGAGGCGAAUCUGAAAUCACGUGUGGAGCAAACCGAUGCCUAUUUGGCUGCCUGGCCUCAUCUUAGCUCAGCAUCUGUGAAUUUUAUAGACAAGGACAACUCUUCACGUUCAAGUGCUUGGUCUGACAUAAACAUGCAGAAGAUUUCAAGCGAUGGAGAUAUGACAGAGAUUUGUAAUUCUCUUGCACAAAAUGUGGAUGAGCUCAUGAUGGACAUUGAUCUUUUCAAAGAGAACAUUAGCAAGCAUUUGGUAUCAUGGCAUGAGCAGGUUAACAUUGCAGCCGAUGUCACGGAUACCUUUUUCAGGUCAUUCGGAAAGGACAAAGACUUAGAAAUUGCUUCUCUGCAUGAAAAAAUUACGUUGCUUCAUGGGGUGUGUUCUAAUGUAUUUGUGGAAAUUGAAAGCAAAAGAGCUGAAUUGAUUGGAAAUGGAGUUAUGGAUACGAAUAUUCGUCAUCAAGCAGCAAGAACAGAUGACAGAUUUUCGUUGGGUGAAGGGGAUGAUCUGUUGACCUUGGAAUCCAUCAGUUCCAUGGUGGAUAGGCUAUCAUUGGCUGUAAAGGAUUUUGUCGUGGCAAAUGCUGAGAUGGUGGAAAGAAAUCAAAAGGAGAUGAAAAUGAUCAAUGCCAAUUUGCAAAGGGAGCUACAGGAGAAGGACUUCCAAAGAGAAAGGAUGUGCACGGAGUUGGUUGGUCAAAUAAAAAAUGCCCAAGCUGAUGCUAAAAAGUUUGCAGCGGAACUUCAAUCUUCAAGUGUCUGGAUGCGUGAUAUGCAGAACGAGUUGGACAUUUCGGUGAAGGAAAGGGAUUCAUUGGCGGAGAGAGUAAAGGAGUUACACGAUGGACAAGCCUCUUACUCAGAGUUACAGGAGAAAGUCAAGUCCCUCGGUGAUCAACUAGUUGCCAAAGACCAAGAAAUCGAGGCCUUGAUGCAAGCUCUCGACGAGGAAGAGUCUCAGAUGGAAGAUCUGAGACACAAGGUUACAGAUCUAGAGCAAGAAAUUCAGCGGAAGAACCUAGAUUUGCGGAAUGCUGAAGCUUCUCGAGGGAAGAUUGCUAAAAAGCUAUCCAUUACCAUGGAUAAAUUCGACGAACUCCAUCAUCUUUCAGAAACCCUUCUUGCAGAAAUCGAAAAGCUCCAACAGCAACUGCAAGAUCGAGACUCUGAGAUCUCGUUCUUGAGACAAGAGGUCACUAGGUGCACCAAUGAGGUACUUGCUGCCUCCCAGAUGAACACGAAAAGAGAUUCGGACGAGAUCCAAGCUGUUUUGUCUUGGCUCAACUCAAUGUCUUUACUUUUCGGAAUGGAAGAUUCGACUUCUGAUGAUGUUAGAGGUCAAGUACACAACUACAUGGAGAUACUCGAGAAAAAGAUUGCAUCUCUGAUAUCUGAACUCGAUGAACUACGAUUGGUCGGACAAAGCAAGGACACGUUAUUGGAAGCUGAGAGGAGUAGAGUGUCUGAGCUCAGACAGAGAGAAGAAACUCUCGAGAAAAUAUUAUGCGAGAAGGAAUCCCGGGCAAACGUGGCAACCACUUCAACAUCUGAGAUUGUCGAAGUAGAACCUGUGAUACACAAGUGGGGAGCGAGUGGGACGUCCAUUCCAUCUCAAGUCCGUAGUUUACGAAAGGGAAACAACGAUCAAGUUGCUAUUAGUAUCGAUACCGAUCAAACUGGUCAGAGCGGUAGCUUAGAAGAGGAUGACGACAAAGCCCACGGCUUCAAAUCGCUAUCUACAUCGAGAAUCGUUCCUCGAUUCACCAGGCCAGUGACUGACGUGAUCGAUGGUUUAUGGGUCUCUUGCGAUCGGACACUCAUGCGUAAACCGGCCUUACGGCUCGGGAUCAUGAUAUACUGGGCAAUAUUACAUGCCCUUCUCGCGACAUUCGUGGUCUAACCAACCGGUUUCUCGAUUGACGACAAACAAGAGUGGUGAUUGCAUUGGAUCUCUUGUCCAUACAACACAUAAUAAGGUUGCUUAUUAUUUGUCUAUCGUGGUUCAGAGAUUUGUUCGAUUGAUUCAGUGUUUAGAUUCCAAAACCAAGCAGACUGUGAUUCUGUCUUUUUUUAAUCCCCCAAAUCUCAGACUGCUUGGUAACUACACAAUUAAGUAAGGAAAAAAAAAAGACAUUUUGUGAUAGCAAUUUAAACCAACUAUUUCAGCUUCCAACGUUAUUCUUA